UAACUCACUGCAGCCCAAAUUACUAUGCAAUUAUGCAUGGCUCCCACUAGUUUAACGUGCAGAAUUGAUCAUCACCAAACCUCUGACCUUCUUCUUUUCUUUAUUUCAACAUUCAAUCAUUCAUUUCCUGACUUUUCUUAGCUACACUCGUUUCAUUUUGGAACUGUACUGUUUACUUCGAUCACUUGAUUUAAUGUGUCCAGUAGCAGCACAGGAAUUGAAUUGAAGUGUUUCCAAUUCUUCGCGGCGAUACAUAUGAGUGUGUGAAUAUAAUAUUAUUUAUAUAUGGAGUCAUCAAGUGCUGCUACUAAACGAUCAAUCCAAGUGUUUGAACCCAAAUUGAGGCGCCAAAUCGGCGAGGCGGUUAGUAACAGGAUCCAGAAUAUCGAUGUGCAGGUGCUCGGACAAGGACCAUCUGGGAAUUCAACGCUCAACAAGGAGCCAGUUGGGAAGUGGAUGGCUUUCGACUCUAGAACCGCCGCGAAGGCUAAUGGGGGGGAUGGAGACCCUACAGAAGCCACCAUAGCACAGAGGACUGCGGAAUGGGGAUUGACUGUGAUGAAGAAAGACGACGUGGAAGAAGGUCGCUUCUAUGCGUUCCCCAAAAAUUCAGUUGGAGAAGCAGAGAGCAGGAGGAAAACCUCACUGGAGAAGUUAUCAACUGAUUCUUCAAGUCACGGAUCGGAUAUGCCUCGCGUUUCUCAAGAACUGAAGGACGCUUUAUCAACGUUGCAGCAGACAUUCGUCGUCUCCGAUGCUACUAAGCCUGAUUGCCCUAUUGUGUACGCCAGCACUGGCUUCUUUGCAAUGACUGGUUAUUCUUCAAAUGAGACCAUUGGAAGGAACUGUCGAUUUCUGCAGGGUCCUGACACAGAUCGGAAUGAAAUAGAAAAACUAAGUACUGCUAUAAGAACUGGGAAAAGCUUCUGUGGCAGGCUCUUGAACUACAAGAAGAAUGGCACUCCUUUUUGGAAUAUGCUAACAAUCACUCCAAUAAAAGAUGAGAAUGGAAAUACAAUCAAAUUCAUUGGAAUGCAGGUGGAGGUCAGCAAAUACACUGAAGGAGUGAAUGACAAGGCACUACGACCAAAUGGAUUACCCAAGUCAUUAAUCAAAUACGAUGCUCGCCAGAAGGAAAAGGCUUUAGAUUCAAUGACUGAAGUUGUACAAACUAUGAAGCAUCCAAGAUCCCGCUUAUCUAUGAGUCAGGACUCUACUAAGAAGAAUGCUGAAGAAAGGAUUAAAGACUUUAUGCUUUCUAGGCAGGCUGAAACUCAGAGCAUGGCUACACUUGAUCAGCAAACCACUCAAUGGGAGUCCAAGAGUAAUUCAUCUCAACAGGACAGUGAAAAAAAGUCUAGAAGAUCCCUACGCCUUUCUCUGAUAGGGCUCAGAGGAAGGUCUUCCAUUAGUGCAGGGCAGCAUGAAAAGCAACAAACCGUUGAGCCUGAAAUUUUGAUGACAAAAGAGAUAGAAAGCACUGACAGCUGGGAGCAUACUGAAAGAGAAAGAGAUAUACGUCAGGGCAUUGACCUUGCAACAACCCUGGAGAGAAUUGAAAAGAAUUUUGUUAUUUCAGAUCCCAGACUCCCUGAUACCCCAAUUAUAUUUGCAUCAGAUAGCUUUCUUGAACUCACAGAGUAUACACGUGAAGAAAUCUUGGGAAGAAAUUGCAGAUUCCUCCAAGGACCUGAAACAGAUCAAGGAACUGUUCAAAAGAUAAGAGAUGCCAUCAGAGAGCAAAGAGAAAUUACUGUGCAGUUAAUUAAUUAUACCAAGAGUGGUAAAAAGUUCUGGAAUUUGUUUCACCUGCAACCUAUGCGAGACCAGAAGGGAGAGCUACAAUACUUCAUUGGUGUCCAAUUAGAUGGAAGUCAGCAUGUAGAACCAUUAAGGAACCGCCUCUCAGAUAAAACGGAGCAAGAAAGUGCUAAGUUGGUCAAGGCUACUGCGGAAAACGUUGAUGAAGCUGUUAGAGAACUUCCUGAUGCAAACAUGAAACCAGAAGACUUGUGGGCUUUACACUCUCUCCCUGUCUUUCCCAGGCCUCAUAAGAAGGGCAGUGCUUCAUGGAGAGCCAUACAAAAGAUCAUUGCAAGUGGUGAAAAAGUUGGACUUUAUCAUUUCAAACCUGUGAGACAUUUGGGAUAUGGAGAUACUGGAAGUGUUCAUUUGGUGGAGCUGAAAGGCACAGGUGAACUCUAUGCUAUGAAGGCAAUGGAUAAAUCCAUACUGCUCAAUCGUAACAAGGUUCAUCGAGCAUGCGUUGAAAGAGAAAUCAGUGCAAUCCUUGAUCAUCCUUUCCUUCCAACGCUAUACUGCUCCUUUCAGACAUAUACACAUGUUUGCUUAAUAACGGACUUCUUUCCCGGAGGAGAGUUAUUUGCCCUGCUUGACAAGCAGCCCUCGAAAAUAUUUAAAGAGGAAUCUGCAAGGUUCUAUGCGGCAGAAAUUUUAAUUGCCUUGGAAUAUCUUCAUUGUUUAGGAAUAGUAUACCGGGACCUGAAACCAGAAAACAUUCUACUCCAGGCAAAUGGACAUGUUGUGUUAACCGACUUUGAUCUAUCCUUCAAGACAACCUGUAAACUCCAAGUAAUAAAACACCCUCCACCCAAAAGAAGGUCUAGGAGUACUCCACCACUGACAUUUGUUGCAGAACCAACUACACAGUCAAAUUCAUUUGUGGGAACUGAAGAAUACAUUGCUCCGGAAAUUAUUACAGGUGCAGGCCACAGCAGUGCUAUUGAUUGGUGGGCUUUAGGCGUUUUGAUCUAUGAGAUGCUCUAUGGGCGCACGCCAUUUAGAGGAAAGAAUAGGCAGAAGACAUUUGCCAACAUCUUAAACAAAGACCUCACAUUCCCAAGUAGCGUUCCGGUAAGCCUGGCGGGGAGGCAGUUGAUUCAUGCCUUACUAAAUAGAGAUCCUGGGAGCCGUUUGGGAUCGAAUGGAGGUGCCAAUGAGAUAAAACAGCACCCUUUCUUCUGCGGAAUAAAAUGGCCUCUGAUCCGAUGCAUGAGCCCACCUCCAUUAGAAGCACCUCUUAAGUUAAUUGGAAAAGAAGCAAAUGCAAAGGAAGUGGAUUGGGAUGAUGAGGGAGUUCUUGUUCAUCACAUGGACUUCUUCUAGAAAUCUUUGUAUUGUACCAUUUGUACAGCAGCACGUUUUAGCCUUGCUAGUAGUUUCUUAUCCAUCUUUCAAUGUUUUGAGCUUUUCUUGGAUCCAUUUUCCAGUUUGGAACAAUUGAAGAGAUGUAAAGUAAUGUAUUAUCAGAAUAAAGAUUGUGUUUGCAACC